AUGGCGUGGGGAAAACCGAGCGCCGAACCCCCGGCGUGGCUCGCGAUGUGCGCGGCGAACGACGCGCGGUUGACGUCGAUCAUCGUUCCGCGAUCGCGCGCGUUCGAUGAGGAGACGCAAAUCGCGCUGGCGAAGGCGUUGGAGGAGAACGAACGCGUGCUCGAGGUGUACGCGUCGGGACACGCGGUGAGCGUGACGGCGGCGAGGGCGUUCGCGGUGAUGUUGGCGGUGAACGUGACGCUGAAAUCGAUAUGCUUGGGGGAUGAGAAUUUUGGUGGCAUGGUGGAGGUGGAGGGCGAUGGGAGGGCGACGAGCGCGCUGCAGGAGACGCUUCGCGGGUGCGCGCACGCCGCCGCGCUGGAGACGAUGGAUCUCGAGCGCAAGGGGGUGACGAACGACGACGGCGAGGCGAUCGGAAAAGUUUUAUCGCAGAGUGCGACGAUGCGUGAGGUGCGUUUGGGGCGGAACGAAGGUUUGGGGGCGGAGGGAUACUCAAAGGCGUUCGCGGGCGCGAGCGAGAGCGUUUCGCUGGAAAUACUCGAUCUCACCGAUAACGUCCUGGAUGACGCGAGCGCGCGUGCUUUGGGAGCGCUUUUAAGCUCUUCAUGCCCGAUUAAGCGCCUCGGGUUGACCAGAUGCGAGAUCGGGACGGAGGGAUUGCGCGCGCUCGGCGACGGUUUGACGUCUCGGGCGAGCGUGGAGCGCUUGGAGCUGAGCGGGGUGAAACUCGGUACUGGAGGCGCAGCCGCGCUGUUCGGCGCGCGAACGACGACGACAAACGUUCUCGAGAUCGAUCUCACGCAGUGCGGGAUCGAAGACGAGGCCGAUGUCCAGGCGCUCAGCGGGUUUCUGGGCGCCUCUCCGAAAUUACUCGGCGUAAAUUUGCGCGGAAACGCGUUCGGCGACGCCGGCGCGUCGUCACUCGCUGUGGGCGCGUUUGCGUCGCGAGCGCCGGAAUCCCUCGAUCUUGGAUCGUGCAAGCUGACCGCCGGCGCGAUGGAUGCGUUGUCUAACGCGAUCAAGUCCUCGAAAACGCUCUCGCUCUUUGACAAUGCGCUCGGAGACGAAGGCGUCGCCAACAUUUUUGCACAGUCCUCCGGUUCAUCUCUGGAGGUCUUGGACCUCGGCGCCGUUGGCUUGAGUGUCGACGGUCUCCGCGCCGUCGUCGUCGCUCUGCGGAACCCCGAGGCGUUCGAGCGCUUGCACACCUUGAUCGUAGGCGGCAAUCCGGGGUGUCAAGCCGACGACUGGGAGCGCGUCGUCUCCGACCUCCGCUCGAAUCGCCCCAACCUCGACGUCGCCUGGCGCGCCGCCGAUGGUAACUCCGACGACGCCAAUCGACUCAAGCGCGACGACGCCGGACGCGUCAUCGCCAUCGAAUAG